AUGGUUACUACAAUUCUUGAUGUGCAAGGAAUGACUUGCACUAGCUGCGUCGCUUCUAUCCAAUCUAUGUUAAAAUCCGCCGAGGGUAUGCAUCAGUUUACCGUGUCGUUAUUAUUGGAACGUGCCGUUGCUGUUCACGAUAUGAAUAUAAUUUCCCCUGAGGACAUUAGAGAAAAAAUCGAAGACUGUGGGUUUGACGCUUUUAUCAUUUCUACGUCGGAAGGUGAACAUGGGGAGACUGCUUUAUACUAUCUUUCAUCUCCAUUAGGUCCAGAAAUGUUGGAAAAGGUCCAAGGACAAGUGAUUGACAUGCAAGGAGUUUUAUCUGUUCGUCAAGACACCCAGCCAGAUGCUGUUAUCCGUGUUAGCUACGAUUCCGAGAUAACUGGUCCUCGAACGAUUUUGAAAGAAUUGCAAUCUUUAGAUGUCACAUGUACUUUCAAACCUGUAGAUUCCAUGUCCUCUAGAGUCCACUCUUUUCAACGCUUAGACCAAACAAGGGUGUGGAGGACUCGUUUUAUUGUGUCCAUCGUUUUUUCUAUUUUGGUAAUGUUUCUACCUAAAAUUUUCGAUUCUUGCGAAAGCAUGCAUAAUGUUUUUCUCGUGCCUCAUUUGUUUGGCAUUUGUGCUUCCGAUUUGGUCACUCUUUUAUUAUCAAUUCCGGUACAAUUCGGAGUGGGGAGAGUAUAUUAUAAAACCGCAUACCGUUCGUUGAAGCGAGGUACUGCAAAUAUGGAUGUUUUAGUUUGCUUGGGUUCAAGUGCUGCUUUUUUAGCUAGUAUCUAUUUUAUGCUACUAUAUGGAGUUCACCAUUCUGAUUCUGAUGGACCAGCUCUCAUCUUUUUUGAUACUUCCGAUAUGCUUCUGUCUUUCGUGACCCUAGGAAGAUAUCUAGAGAGCAAAGCAAAAGGUUCUACGUCUGCUGCUCUCUCCCAGCUUCUUAACCUUGCUCCAUCGAAUACGACUAUUUUUGAAGAUGGUGAACAGAUUGAUGUAGAGACUGAUCUGGUUGAGCGUGGUGAUGUAGUAUUAAUUCGACCAGGUGAUCGUAUUUCUGUCGAUGGUAUAAUUAUUGAAGGCUCUUCGUAUAUAGACGAGAGUUCUGUUUCUGGUGAACCCGUUCCCGUUUAUAAAAAAGCCGAUGACUCUGUUUUAAGCGGUACUGUUAAUGGAAAUGGUCGUAUUCUUCUCAAAGCCUUAAAGUCCCCUCGUGAAUCGCAAUUAGCGGUAAUCGUAGAUUUGGUCCAAAAGGCUCAAACAUCUAAGGCUCCUAUCCAGGAAUUCGCAGAUAAGGUUGCCGGGAUAUUUGUCCCCAUAAUCAUAAGUCUGGCGUUGUUAACGUUCGUGUUUUGGUACCUGUUUGUCAGUUUUUCAAAGACACAUCCCCCAAUUUUUAAUGAUACCAUCGGGAAAUUUGCUGUAUGCUUGAAGUUAACCAUUAGUGUGAUUGUAGUCGCUUGCCCUUGUGCAUUGGGCUUAAGCACACCUACAGCCGUUAUGGUCGGAACCGGUGUUGGUGCUUUAAAUGGUAUUAUAAUUAAAGGAGGUGAUAUUUUAGAAGCAUUAAACAAGGUUGAUACCGUGGUUUUUGACAAAACCGGAACCCUCACCCGUGGUGAAUUAACAGUUACUCAAAUGGAAGUUGUUGAGGAAAAUCAAAAGAAACCGGAUAUCUCUACCGCCGAGUUUUGGGGAUUGGUAUAUACAGCGGAACUUGCUAGUGAGCAUCCUAUCGGCAAAGCAAUUACUGAAAAAACUCAAAAUCUUAAGGAUAAUUAUCCAAUGGAACUGAAAUCAUUCGUUGCGGUCCCGGGCCAAGGAGCCAAGGCAGAAGUUUUAUAUAAAGAUCAUGUCUUUACUUUGCUAUUGGGAAAUUCACUGUUGCUUAAAGAAAACCAGAUUUAUAUUCCCCUCGAAUUUGAUCGAAAAGUAACCUCUUCGUCUACCAAUGGGUUAACAUGUGUUCAGAUUUCUGUUGAUAAUGAAUUUAUGGGCUUUUUAGGAUGUAUCGAUGAAUUGCGUCCGGAUGCUGCACGCUCUGUUUCGGCCUUAAAAAUGAUGAAGAAGAACGUAAUUUUACUUACUGGUGAUCAGUUGCCUACCGCUCGUAGAGUUGCCUAUGAUGUUGGUAUUUUAUCUUCGGAUGUUUAUGCGGAAGCAGUUCCAACAAUGAAAACAUCUAUCAUUCAGCAAAAGAAGGAUGAAGGACAUCGCAUAGCAAUGGUAGGAGAUGGCAUUAAUGAUUCUCCUUCAUUGGCUCUAGCUGAUGUUGGUAUCGCACCAAGUAGUGGAUCUGGUAUUGCUUUGGAGAGUGCUGAUGUUGUUCUUGUUCGCAAAGGUGUUUUAAUCGACGUCGUUGUCGCACUUGAUCUUGCUAAAGUAAUAGUUAGAAGGAUUCGCUAUAAUUUGGUAUGGGCAUGCACUUAUAAUCUUUGCAUGAUUCCUGUGGCUAUGGGCUUUCUGUUGCCCUGGAACAUAUAUUUAAAUCCAAUGUGGGCAAGCGCAGCGAUGAUGUUCUCUAGUCUUAGUGUGACGCUUAGCAGUCUACUGCUGAAGAGAUGGAAGAGGCCUGCACAAUAUAAUACCACUGAUGAGGCAUCCGAUUUCGAAAGUGAGGCUCAUAAGCAGAAGCUUCAAAAACUGUGGUCUGCUUUGCGAAAUAAAUUAAAACGGGGUUCUACCCACAACAACAAGUUCUUACUGUUUGGUUAUGAUAUUCUAUGA